AUAAAAUGCUCGAGGGGCCAGCCUGGGAUGGUUAGAUCAGGAACAUCAGAGAAGCAUUAGGAAAUGUUUCCUCAGAGGAUGGAGUAGAACAACAGCUGGAGUCACCAGGAAAAAGGGAGGCAGUCAGGAUGCACUACUCAGCCCUAGCCACAACAACCUUGCUCCUGGGACUGGUGAGCACUACUGCAUGGGCAGAAGUGGCUGAGAACAGGACCCAAAUAUGCCAGCCUGCACCCCUCUGGAAGAUCAACGGGACCAUACCAAUGGCUGGGACAGAGGGCCAAGUGACAGUGGUGGCACUGCUAAAAGCCAGCUGACAGUUCUGUCUCAAGCAGGCUGCCAGUAUUGGCAGCUUGCAGAAAAGGCUGUCCCAUGAAGGGGUGGCCAAUGUCAGCUUCAUGAUUGUCAACGAGAAGACUCCUCUCUCCAGGGCUAUGUACUGGGAGUUGAAACGGCAUGCACCUGAAGGAGUCCCUGUUUACCAGCAGCAAAUCCUGGAACCUGAUGUCUGGCAAAUUCUAAACGGGGACAAGGAUGACUUCCUGAUAUAUGACAGGUGCAGCAGGCUAGGUUUCCACAUCCAGUUGCCAUACAGUUUCCUCCACUUACCAUAUGUUGAAGCAGCUGUGCGUUACACGUACCACAAAGACUACUGUGGUAAUUGUUCCUGGUACUACUCUAACAGCACCCAGGAGGUGAAUUACACAGUAAGUACCCAAGUGAUGCCAAUUGAGGAUACCAGAGACAAAUAGAAGAGCCUAGAAGUGCACAAGCAUGAAAAGGAAACAAGGAGGCACCUAACACUAAAUAUAUAGCCCAUCAUUUUUCACAUCAUAGAAGAAUGAGCAGCCACAAAGCCAUGGGUUUGACCAGUACUGACUAGCCAGUUUUCUACUCUCAAAGCUACUCACAGAAGUACCAAGCAAGGGGAAUAUCAGUAAACCUUUUAACCUUCAGGGAAGCAAAACUCAACUGUUACGUGUACAUUGGUACACUCUAAUGAAAAAUAAGCAACCUAUUUCAAAAGGACAGGGAACAAACUUACAUGUGUCAGAAAGAAUAGAUAUUAUGGUCCUAUUUUGAGCAGUGCAAAGGAAUGGAGUAUUCCAGUCCCUUUCCCAAUAUCUUAUAGAUACCAGACAAUAUAAUACAGCUGUUUGUUUUGUGAUACUUGCAAUGGGGAAGUAUAUUUGCAUAUCCACAAUGAAAAGUCGUUUUGAAUCUGUCUCUAAUUACACUCCCAUUUACCAAUGUUUUCCACUAAACCGGAAGUGCCAUUUAUAGAGAACUCAGAUGGCUUUGUAAAGCUGUUGGAUUUCUGUUUUGAGGAUUGUCUGAGAUAACUAUCUUGCCUUCUGCAGGAGCAAAGUUAUAGCCAUCUGCCUGCUGAGGAGCCAGUUUUGACCCCUUUUCUGUAUUUCCUGCUUUUCUGCAUUCAAUGAAGCCUGUAGUGUAAACUAGAUUGCUGUAAGUCACUGCAGGCUGACACUAUACAGAAAAGUAUGUCAACAGAGGUGGAGAGAUGGGAUCAGAACUAGUAUUUACACAAUGCUCUUUAAGGCAGAGGGCAGAAAUCAGGGCAAGGCUGACUCUGAGCCUGGAGCUGAAGGUUCUGUGGAAUCAGUUGAUAUGCAUGAAUUAUGAGCUAAAAGAUUGUGACAUUUGUUGCUUUGCUGGAAGAAAAGAGCAUCUGUGGUUUGUGGGAAUGGUGGUGGAAAGAUGGUAUAAGCCAAGUUUAUGGAUAAGUUACUACUGCACAUAGGCAGGAAGGUUUGGAGUGAGUAAGUGGCAAUGCACUGAGAACUGAACUUGGGAAGAAAACCAUCUGUGUCAUGUACCUAAAAGGAUGUAUAACUCUGCUGAUGAAAUGCAGAAAAACCGUGUCUUGGAGAAGAUGCUGAAAAUAAAUUUUCUGGAAUGACAGUGAUUGAAA